AUGCAGAUCUUCGUCAAGACUCUCACCGGCAAGACCAUCACCCUUGAGGUGGAGAGCAGUGAUACCAUCGACAACGUCAAGGCUAAGAUCCAGGACAAGGAGGGUAUCCCUCCUGACCAGCAGCGUCUGAUUUUCGCCGGCAAGCAGCUCGAGGACGGACGCACUCUUGCUGACUACAACAUCCAGAAAGAGUCUACGCUUCACUUGGUGCUCCGCCUUCGCGGUGGUAUGCAGAUCUUCGUUAAGACCCUCACCGGCAAGACCAUCACGCUUGAAGUCGAAAGCAGCGACACUAUCGACAACGUGAAAGCCAAGAUUCAGGAUAAGGAGGGUAUUCCUCCUGACCAGCAGCGCCUUAUUUUCGCCGGCAAGCAGCUUGAGGACGGGAGAACCUUGGCCGACUACAACAUCCAGAAGGAGUCGACGCUGCAUCUGGUUCUCCGUCUCCGCGGUGGGAUGCAAAUUUUCGUCAAGACCCUCACCGGCAAGACUAUCACGUUGGAGGUUGAGAGCAGCGACACCAUCGAUAACGUGAAGGCGAAGAUUCAGGACAAGGAGGGUAUCCCUCCCGACCAGCAGCGUCUGAUUUUCGCCGGCAAGCAACUGGAGGAUGGACGUACGCUCGCCGACUACAACAUUCAGAAGGAGUCUACUCUUCACCUGGUUCUCCGUCUCCGUGGUGGCAUGCAAAUCUUCGUUAAGACGCUCACCGGCAAGACUAUCACCCUUGAGGUGGAGAGCAGCGACACCAUCGACAACGUGAAGGCUAAGAUUCAGGACAAGGAGGGUAUCCCUCCUGACCAGCAGCGUCUGAUUUUCGCCGGCAAGCAGCUCGAGGACGGACGCACGCUCGCGGAUUACAACAUCCAGAAGGAGUCGACGCUGCAUCUGGUGCUCCGUCUCCGCGGUGGGAUGCAGAUCUUUGUUAAGACUCUCACUGGUAAGACCAUCACCCUUGAGGUGGAGAGCAGUGAUACCAUCGACAACGUCAAGGCCAAAAUCCAGGACAAGGAGGGUAUUCCCCCUGACCAGCAGCGUUUGAUAUUCGCCGGUAAGCAGCUGGAGGAUGGGCGAACGCUCGCCGACUACAACAUUCAGAAGGAGUCUACUCUCCAUCUUGUCCUUCGCCUUCGUGGUGGCCAUUGUGAUGGGGUUGAAGAGUGGGAAGCAGUCGGAGGUGGGAAAACUCUCAUCUCCAAAUGUCUGGUGAUUAACCGAGGAAAUGGAGGGAUUGGUAAAGGGAUGGGUGAAGGGAUGGGUGAAGGGAUGGGUGAAGGGAUGGGUGAAGGGAUGGGUGAAGGGAUGGGUGAAGGGAUGGGUGAAGGGAUGGGUGAAGGGAUGGGUGAAGGGAUGGGUGAAGGGAUGGGUGAAGGGAUGGGUGAAGGGAUGGGUGAAGGGAUGGGUGAAGGGAUGGGUGAAGGGAUGGGUGAAGGGAUGGGUGAAGGGAUGGGUGAAGGGAUGGGUGAAGGGAUGGGUGAAGGGAUGGGUGAAGGGAUGGGUGAAGGGAUGGGUGAAGGGAUGGGUGAAGGGAUGGGUGAAGGGAUGGGUGAAGGGAUGGGUGAAGGGAUGGGUGAAGGGAUGGGUGAAGGGAUGGGUGAAGGGAUGGGUGAAGGGAUGGGUGAAGGGAUGUGA